GCAAUUAGCUCAUCUUGGUUGUACUAUUGGAGUUCCAGAUUUGAUUUCUGAAAAUUAUCCAAUUAUUUAUGAAAAUAAUAUAUGUGUUAUUUUCUAUAUUUACAACAAUCAAAAAGUGUAUUUAGAGGAAUUUACUCUUGCUACAGCAAUAGGAAUUAUA